GCGGGGCGAGAGCGGGAGGAGGAGCUGGCCUCGGGUCGUGACCCAGGAGCCCCGGAACCGCUGCGCGCCGGGCCGCUCCCGGGAGCUGUCGCUGUCGCUGUGGCUGCCUUUGUGGCCAAGCCAGGAUCUCGUGCUGUGAAGACAUUUCUAAAGUGCCUUGGGGCACCCCACAAAUCGGACCAACUCAGCCUGGAAAGAGGUGACUGGUCACUUGUGGAGGGGUGGAUCUGUCGAACUCAGCGUCUCCCUCAGCUGCGGGACCUGAGGCAGACCAGGUCUCUUCCAUGGCUCGGCGGCUGCACAUUCGUCUACUGACAUGGGACGUGAAGGACACGCUGCUCAAGCUCCGCCGCCCUGUGGGGGAGGAAUAUGCCACCAAGGCCCGGGCCAGUGGGCUGGAGGUGGAGGCUAGAGCCCUGGAGCAAGCCUUCAGGCAAGCAUACAGGGCUCAGAGCCACAGCUUCCCCAACUACGGCCUGAGCCAAGGUCUCACCUCGCGGCAGUGGUGGCAGGACACGGUCCUCAAGACUUUCCACCUGGCGGGAGUCCGGGAUGCCCAGGCCGUGGUCCCCAUCGCUAGCCAGCUCUACAAAGACUUUAGCAGCCCCUGCACCUGGCAGGUAUUGGAGGGGGCUGAGACCGCUCUGAAGGGGUGCCGUAAGCAGGGGCUGAAGCUGGCAGUGAUAUCUAACUUUGACUGUCGUUUAGAGGCUAUCUUGGCGGGUCUUGGCCUCAGAGAACACUUUGACUUUGUGUUGACUUCUGAGGCUACUGGCUGGCCCAAACCGGACCCCCGCAUUUUCCGUGAGGCCUUGCGGCGUGCUCAUGUGGACCCAGCAGAGGCCGCUCAUGUUGGGGACAGUUUCCUCUGUGAUUACCAGGGGGCUCGGGCUGUGGGCAUGCACAGCUUCCUGGUGAGGGGCCCAGAGCCUCUGGACCUCUCAAUCAGAGAUUCUGUUCCUAAAGAACAUAUUCUUCCCUCACUGUCCCAUCUCCUGCCUGCCCUUGACCGCCUGAAGGCCUCAAACUCUGGGCCAGGAGUUCAUGAGGGAAGCAGCUAAGACUUAAACACGGAGGAUGGCAUCCGUUCUUGCUCCCCUGUCCUGCAGAGGGAGGGGUCCAGGCCCUCUCACAGCCUCCUCUUUAGCCUGUCUGACUAUAAAGCAGUGAGGACCAGC